AUGGCGGCUGCGGCAACAGCGGUGGGUGUCAGGCUCCGGGACUGCUGCAGCCGAGGCGCUGUGCUCCUGCUCUUCUUCUCCCUGUCCCCUCAGCCCCCGGCCGCCGCCGCUUGGCUGCUGGGCCUGCGGCCCGAGGACACCGCUGGAGGCCGCGUGUCCCUGGAAGGGGGCACCCUGCGCGCCGCGGAAGGCACCAGCUUCCUCCUGCGCGUCUAUUUCCAGCCCGGGCCCGCGGCGCCCGCGGCGCGGGUGCCCGCACCCACCCUUUCCCCGGGAGAGAACGGCACCGGCGACUGGGCUCCGCGGCUCGUGUUCAUCGAGGAGCCCCCGGGAAGUAGCGGCGUGGCGCCCAGUGCUGUCCCCACGCGCCGCCCGGGGCCGCAGCGCUGCCGCGAACAGAGCGACUGGGCGUCGGACGUGGAGGUCCUGGGUCCCCUGCGCCCCGGAGGCGUGGCGGGUUCGGCUUUAGUCCAGGUGCGGGUGCGGGAGCUGCGCAAGGGCGAGGCAGAGAGGGGCGGAGCGGGCGGUGGCGGGAAGCUCUUCUCGCUGUGCGCCUGGGACGGGCGCGCCUGGCACCACCACGGCGCCGCCGGCGGCUUCCUGCUGCGCGUCCGCCCGCGGCUGUACGGUCCUGGCGGGGACCUGCUGACGCCCGCGUGGCUUCGGGCGCUCGGGGCGCUCCUGCUGCUCGCCCUGUCUGCCCUAUUCAGCGGCCUGCGCCUGAGCCUGCUCUCGCUGGACCCGGUGGAGUUACGGGUGCUGCGGAACAGUGGCUCGGCCGCAGAGCAGGAGCAGGCGCGCCGCGUGCAGGCCGUGCGCGGCAGGGGGACCCAUCUGCUCUGCACCCUGCUCCUGGGCCAAGCCGGAGCCAACGCGGCCCUGGCCGGCUGGCUGUACGCCUCGUUGCCGCCGGGCGUCGGGGGCACUGGAGAAGAUGACGGCGAGGCAGGGAUUCACUUCCCGUGGCUGCCGGCGCUCGUGUGCACCGGCGCCGUGUUUCUGGGCGCCGAGAUCUGCCCCUACUCGGUUUGUUCGCGGCACGGGCUGGCCAUCGCCUCGCACAGCGUGUGUCUGACCCGACUCCUGAUGGCGGCCGCCUUCCCCGUGUGCUACCCGCUGGGCCGCCUGCUGGACUGGGCGCUGCGACAGGAGAUCAGCACCUUCUACACGCGGGAGAAGCUGCUGGAGACGCUACGGGCCGCGGACCCCUACAGCGACCUGGUGAAGGAGGAACUCAACAUCAUCCAGGGCGCCUUGGAGCUGCGCACCAAGGUGGUGGAGGAGGUGCUGACCCCCCUCGGGGACUGCUUCAUGCUGCGCUCGGACGCCGUGCUCGACUUCGCCACGGUCUCGGAGAUUCUGCGCAGCGGCUACACUCGCAUCCCCGUGUACGAGGGCGAUCAGCGGCACAACAUUGUGGACAUUCUGUUUGUCAAGGACUUGGCCUUCGUGGACCCCGACGACUGCACGCCGCUGCUCACCGUCACUCGCUUCUACAACCGGCCCCUGCACUGCGUCUUCAAUGAUACCCGGCUGGACACGGUGCUGGAGGAGUUUAAGAAGGGAAAAUCUCAUCUGGCCAUUGUCCAGAGGGUGAACAAUGAGGGAGAAGGAGACCCCUUCUAUGAGGUGAUGGGCAUUGUUACCCUGGAGGACAUCAUAGAGGAGAUCAUUAAGUCAGAGAUCCUGGAUGAAACUGACCUCUACACCGACAACCGGAAAAAGCAGAGGGUCCCACACCGGGAGAGGAAGCGGCACGACUUCUCCCUGUUCAAGCUUUCCGACUCGGAGAUGAGGGUGAAGAUCUCCCCGCAGCUUCUGCUGGCCACACACCGCUUCAUGGCCACAGAAGUGGAGCCCUUUAAAUCUCUGUACCUUUCGGAGAAGAUCCUGCUCCGGCUCCUGAAACAUCCCAAUGUGAUCCAGGAGCUGAAGUUUGACGAGAAGAAUAAGAAAGCCCCAGAACACUACCUCUACCAGCGCAACCGCCCCGUGGACUACUUCGUGCUGCUCCUGCAGGGUAAAGUGGAAGUGGAGGUUGGGAAGGAAGGCCUUCGCUUCGAGAAUGGAGCCUUCACCUACUAUGGUGUCCCAGCCGUCAUGACUACUGCUUGCUCAGAUAACGAUGUGCGGAAGGUUGGAAGCCUGGCUGGAUCCUCGGUCUUUCUAAACCGGUCCCCUUCUCGCUGCAGCGGGUUGAACCGCUCCGAGUCUCCAAACCGUGAGCGCAGCGACUUUGGGGGGAGCAGCACCCAGCUGUGCGGCGGCAGCAACAACCUCUACACUCCUGACUACUCAGUGCACAUCCUCAGCGAUGUGCAGUUCGUGAAGAUCACACGGCAGCAGUACCAGAAUGCACUCACCGCCUGCCACAUGGACAGCUCACCCCAGUCCCCUGACAUGGAGGCCUUCGCUGACGGAGACUCCACCAAAGCCCCUACGACCCGCGGUACCCCCCAGACCCCCAAGGAUGACCGUGCCAUCACCCUCCUGAGCAACAGGAACAGCCUGCCAUGCAGCCGCUCAGAUGGGCUGAGAAGCGCUGGCGAGGUCGUGGACCUGAAGAUGGAGGAGAUGGCCUUCACCCAGGAGGACGUGAGGGGCCUCGAGGAGCAGAGCACACAGCAGCUGUCUUCUGCAGCCGUUCCCACCACAGCAGCAUCAGAUAGUGAAUGUUGUAAUAUCAACCUGGACACAGAGACCAGCCCCUGCAGCAGCGACUUUGAGGAAACCUUGGGCAAGAAGCUGCUGAGAACCUUGAGUGGUCGAAAACAGAAGAGGUCACCCGAUGGAGAGAGAGCCUCUGAGGAGAACUCCAAUUUAAUGCCUCUGAUCACAUGA